ACGUGGAAACGCUUCACCACGACGACAGAGGGGGCGUGAACCGUCUCCUACACACUGGAGGUCGAGGAGAGAGAGAGAGAGGAUGCAGGCUGUUCUCGUUUCCUCUUAGAUGUGGAUUGUACCUAGUUUUCUCCAUGCAAUCAUCACGGUAGCGAGGGAUGCAGGGAGAUCAGAUGCGCGGCUUGGAGCAUCAUCUCUCAGAGAUGGCAGAAAUGCAUCGCGGCAUCCUGCAGUGGGAGGCUGAUUGAGCUCAUACAGCACCACAAAGCCUGUUCCCAGCAGGAGAGGCUCGUGAAGUCCUCACCGCACAACGGCAAGGAUCUGACGAUGUUUCGCAAGAAGAAGAAGAAGAAGAGGCCGGAGAUUUCAGCGCCGGAGAACUUCGAGCAUCGCGUUCAUACGUCGUUCGAUGCGAAGCGAGGAGUCUUCGUGGGUCUUCCCACACAAUGGCAGAGUUUAAUAGAAAACCUGCGGAGACCCAAACCCAUGGUGGACCCUUCCCGGAUCACACCGGUGGAGCUCAAGCCAAAGAAGACCAUCGUGCGCGGCAGCAUGAUCGGCCACGGAGACUAUAUAUCAGCCAUGCUGUCCGACAUGAGCCGUCUGUCCGUCACCAGCUCCAACUCCCUGCGCAGGAGCAGCCCGUCGAUCCGCAGGAGACCGCAGUCGCUCGGACGCCUCGGGGAGGUCAGCGAGGCCGAUGUGUAUCAGUACGAAGUCCUGGACGAGCCUGACCAUCACUGGGACGAGAAAUCACGCAACUUCCACAGCGAGAGCAGCACGCCGUACAUGGGUCCGAAGAAGAGCGUGAUGCUGCAGCCCAACGGCGUUCUGCCCCGCGCCAAAUCCACUUACGAGGUCAGCAUGAGCACUCGUCCUCCGCCGUCCAUCCCUGUACCUGCGCCGCCUCUCAUGAUGAGACGAGAGAUCCCCAUCACCUGCUUCUACAGCCCCACCUUGACACACGGAGACGGUGUGACGCCGGACACGAGGAGCGCUAACAGACCGCUGGACCGUCCACAGAACAGCCCGGGGAGACCGUACUCCUCAUACGACCUGAAGGCGGACGCAGCAGUGAGACUCCAGCCUGGAUAUCUGCACAGCGGCACCAGCAGUCCCCUCGUGAGCGGCACCAGACCUCACAGAGCGGUGCGUUCCUCCUCCAGCUACACCAUCGGCCUCUCGCCCAACAUCAGUUACCGCCCCCCCGGGCCAGACCCCUUCAUGAGACACUCGGGCUGCCCAAACCCGGGUCUCUACCCCAGACAGGACAGUCCGUCUCAUCCCCGGCCGUCUCCCACUGGCUCUCUGGCUAACAGCCCUCCGGGAACCUGCUCGCCCGCAUUCAGACCCCCUCAGCACCCCUCGCCCCGACCGCCGCCCGACCCGCCCAAAGUCACCCACGAGCAGUUCAAGGCCGCGCUGCAGAUGGUGGUGGACAAAGGAGACCCGCGGUCAUAUCUGGAGAACUUCGUGAAGAUCGGCGAGGGUUCUACGGGUGUGGUGUGCAUCGCCCGAGAGAAACACAGCGGACGGGUGGUGGCCGUCAAGAUGAUGGACCUCAGGAGACAACAGCGCAGAGAACUGCUCUUCAAUGAGGUGGUGAUCAUGAGAGAUUACCAGCACAGGAACGUGGUGGAGAUGUUCAGGAGCGCUCUGGUGGAGGAGGAGCUGUGGGUCAUCAUGGAGUAUCUGCAGGGAGGAGCUCUAACAAACAUCGUGUCUGAGACCAGGCCGAGCGAGGAGCAGAUCGCCACCGUGUGUGAAGCUGUGCUGCAGGCGCUGGCGUAUCUCCACUCACAGGGCGUCAUACACCGAGACAUCAAGAGUGACUCCAUCCUGCUCUCGCUGGACGGACGCAUCAAGCUGUCCGACUUUGGCUUCUGCGCUCAGAUCAGUAAAGAUAUCCCGAAGAGGAAGUCUCUGGUGGGAACGCCGUACUGGAUGGCUCCGGAGGUCAUCUCCAAAUCCCCGUACGGAACAGAGGUACAGCUGAACACCACCACACAAACACAUGAAGCAGACGGUCAGAGUAAAGCAGCGUCUGUGCUGCGUCUGCAGGUGGACGUGUGGUCUCUGGGCAUCAUGCUGGUGGAGAUGGUGGACGGAGAGCCUCCGUACUUCAGUGAGACGCCGGUGGCUGCCAUGAAGCGUCUGAGAGACGAGCCGGCACCCACCGUACGCAACCUUCAUCAGGUGUCCCCGGUGCUGAAGGACUUCCUGAAGCGCAUGCUGACCCGGGAUCCUCUGGAGCGGGCGAGUGCCACUGAGCUCCUGGAGCACCCCUUCCUCCUGCAGGCCAGCUCUGCGCAGUGUCUGCUGCCCCUGGUGGAGCAGUACCGCAAGCGCAUGUCCCGCUGCUGAAGCCUGCCUCGUCCCCCGGAGCAAUCAGGACUGAGAUGACUGUUAGAUGAGAAAUCAACUCUAUAAAGCCAUUUCCUUACACCUGAGGACGUCUCAUUGGUGCUUAAAGCGUUGAAUUAGAGCAGAAGUGCGUCUGACUGAAAUGCCUCUGGGUUUAAUGUUCUGUUCGAAGUGUGUUAUCAUGACUCGCAUCGAAUCUGCGCCCGCAGAGACCCAGAACAAGCCACGUUUAUCAGUUUCAUGAAAGCUUGUGUUCGUAUAUCGAAUAUUUUAUAAUGCUUUCAUAUAAUGAUCUUACUUUUGGGUUUUACAGGUGCAAACAAUUACUAUAUUAUCAUUAACAGUUUACAAUAAGGUUCCAUUAGUUAACAUGAGCUAA